AUGAAAGGAACUAGCGCAGAUACGCUUGAAACAGACGUCAUCAUUGUUGGCGCGGGAUUCAGCGGCUGUUAUUCACUGCUCAAGAUCCGACAGGCGGGAUACUCGGCCAAAGUUCUUGAACGUGGAAGUGACUUUGGCGGCGUUUGGCACUUCAAUCGAUAUCCCGGAGCCAGGGUCGAUUCCGACACGCCCUGCUAUCAGUUCAGCUUGUCCGAAGUUUGGGCUGACUUCCAUUUCACCGAACGUUUUCCCGGGCAUGAAGAAAUUCGCAGAUAUUUUUAUCACGUCGAUGCAACUCUUGGUUUGCGCAAGGAUACCAUUUUCGACGCCCGAGUGGACGAAGUGAGAUUCGACUCCACGGACAGAUGCUGGCAUUUUCGCACGACAAAGGGUCUGCAUGCGACCUCCAAGUACGCAAUCUUCGCAUGCGGUUCGAUGAACAAGCCUUACAUGCCUCUUUUCCCCAAUCAGGACAUGUUCGGUGGGCCCGUCAUUCACCCGUCCGCCUGGCCCAGCAACAUCCAGCUUACAGGCAAGAAGAUUGGCAUCAUCGGGCAGGUUGCGUCUGGUCUGCAGAUCGUGCAGGAGCUUGCUAAAGUAGACUGCCAGCUAACAGUCUUCGUUCGGAACCCCUGCAUCGCGAUCCCCAUGCACCAAAGACAGCUGUCGAAGCGAGAGUCAGAGGAGAUGAAACACUAUUAUGACGCCAUAUUUACCAAAGCCAGGUUCGACUCGUCCUCGGCUCUGCCCUAUAACCAAAAUCCUAAUUUGCUACGCUACACGACUGAGGCGGAACGGACAGGCCUUUUUGAACGACUGUGGGAUAGGGGUGGCCUUGGUCUCACGCAAUCGAACUAUCGCGAUAUUGUGUUUGACAAGACGGCUAACGCCUGCUUGUACGACUUCUGGGUCAGCAAAACGAGAAUCCGGAUGACGGACCCCGAGAAAAGAGACAUUGUUGCGCCUUUGGACCAGUUCGAAUGGGUUGGAGCGUCACGCGUCAACCUCGAGAUAGAUUACUACGAGAUGCUGGAUCGGCCGAAUGUCCAGCUGGUAGAUCUCAAGAAGACACCAAUCCAUUCAUUCGACAGGCAAGGGAUUGUAACCAAGGCCGGAGACGCCACCAUCCACCACGAUUUGGACAUCAUCAUCAUGGCCACCGGCUAUGACUCUGUGACUGGUAGCUUGCUUGACAUGAAUAUCCGCAACAAGCACGGCGUCCGGCUACAGGAUGCUUGGCAGCACGGCAUCAGCACCUAUCUUGGCAUGAUGGCUCCCAAUAUGCCCAACGCAUUCGUGCUGUACGGGCCGCAAGGGCCGACAACGCAAACGAACGCACCGCCCUUUAUUGAGCUUCAGGUUGACUGGGUAGUCUGUCUCCUGGAGCGGAUGCGCGAAGACGGCCUGCGUUCGAUCGAGCCAUCGGAGGAUUCUUGCCGCUCGUGGAGAAGUCUCGUACUGGAGGCCUUCGAGUCGACCCUUUUCCGCGACAGCACUGCGUGGUGGACUGGCGCAAACGUUCCCGACAAGACUGUUGAGCCCCUUGUCUUUCUAGGGGGGGUCCCGCGAUGGAGACAAUGGUGUAGCCGUUCGCUGGAGGACUGGGCAAGUUUUGUCGUGUCAUAG